ACGGAGGAGCCUGAUCCCUCUUGGUACAAGCCAUACGACCCGACGAUUUUGGGCCAAUGGAGGGACCCUAUUUUCGUGGAUACGACGACCGACGAGUCCCCUACUACGACAUCAACCUGGGUCUGGAGGCGCUUUUGUUCGAUGGGCGGGACGUGACGGGAUUCGUAGAGAAAUGGGAAAGUUAUGCUUACCGAAAGAGAUUCUCCGAAAAAGAGUGGAUAGACCAUUUCAUCCAACACUCUGACCAAGAGUUAGAUCCCGCGAUUAGGGCUAUCUACCCCGCAGAUGGGCGAUGGAGGACCUUCAAAACAAGCAUGUUGCGGACUUUCGCCUGUGAUGAUUUGAUCCCUACCGUGGAAGGUUUGUGGCGUGUUACAAGAGGGGAACGGGAGAGCUUAGUGGCCUUCACCCGUAGGUUCAAGCGGCUGUCCCAAGCCCUAGUGGAUAGGGGGAUGCUGUCGGAGGUGGAUAGGUGCRUAAUGUKUAUGUURCACYUACCCRAGGAGAAGAGRAAAGAGGUCCUUGAAAAGGYCCCGCGGGAUUCAGCCAACUUCGAGAAGGUCGCAGAGGUGGUUUUUACAGGGGGAGGGGUGGACGUGAGAGAGUACAUGAAAGAGACCCUGGACAUGGCACUCCGCAGUAUGCGUGGCACGAGGAAUGACGACCUUAGGGGGAAUGAUAGACCACCCCCGGGUCCACUUGAUCCGCCCGGUCCCCGGUGGGGAGAUCGGCGGGCGGGAUGGAGAAACGAGUCAGGAAACCAGGGAGGCUGGAGGAAUGACCGAGAGGUAGGGGGGAACCGUAGCCCCGAUUGGGGGAGUUCCCAUUGGAAGGACGCUAGGGACGCGCCGCCAGCGCCGGCUGCUCCUGCACCUGUAGCUGCUGCAACACAAGGGGGUCCACGUCCCAACAACCCGCAAGCUCGAAGCGGGUAUGUUUAUUGCAAUGAAGAAAGUCACAUCAAAAGGGAUUGUCCUUAUCUUACGGAGGCCUUGAGGUUGGGUGUGGUAAAGCUAAAUGAAAACAAAUGGGUUGUGUGGGGAGAUAGUGGAGAGGCGGUCUCGUUCUACCCCUCAAUGAAGGUGAAUGUGGACAAGAGAAUAGCCCUUCAGGAGGCCAAGCUGGGAAAGAAACCGGAUGCAGGAAUCACCUCCAACUCAUCGCAUAUCCAAAUGACGGAAACGCCUGGAGGUGUGUCCAUUAGGGAACGCCAGGUGUCCAGCAUCAAGUUCAUAGAGACCCAGCCUGAAGAAGAGAGGCCUUGCCUAAGGGUGAGAACACAGGUUGGGGCCGAGACGUCUAGGAGCCAAGAGAGCGUGACGGUGGAUGCGGGAGGAAAGAGCGGCGAUAACGACCAACCGAUGGUCGAUGCCAAGGUUGCAGAAGAAAAGAAGGAGAAGCCCGCUUCACCCAAAUCACCUAGGAAGAAGGGGCCUAAGAAGUUCGAAAUGAAAUGCACCUUGGAUGAAAUAGACACAGUAGCCCCCCUUAGGAGGACCUUGAUGCAGCCUAUGCAGUGCACUCUUUUGGAGUACCUAGCCACCAGCAAAAGUGCCAGGAAAGAGCUCCUAAUCAUCACGAGGAAGGUAAGAGUCCCGCUCGCAGGGGCACCCACGGUGCCAGGGGAUGGUCCGGCCAAGGAGGAGGUACAGUCCUCCCGCAUUACCAUGGAGGAACUGCCGGCCAAUUUCUUCUCGGGUGAAGAGACCAAAAAAUUAUAUGUGUUAGGUAGCGGCCAGCUCCAGGCGGUGGUAAGCGGGAAGAAGAUGAGGGCUCUAGUAGACAAUGGGUCCGAGUCUACGGUGUGUAGGGACUCCAUGGCACGGGAGCUAGGCUUGGAAAUAGAUCGAGGAGUAUCAAUGUCGAUGGUAGUGGCAGAUAACAAGUUUCAACCGGCGGAAGGGGUGUGUCAUAGCCCCGUGAUAGAAGUCGCGGGCGUUGAGACAAAGGUCCCGAUUUUUUCAGUAAAGGAGUGUUCCUUCGAGUUGAUCCUCGGAAGAACCUGACUGAGCGCGGUUGACGCUACCACUGUUGAUCUGCCGGAUGGGAGCCAGACCCUCUCGAUCCAAAGUCCGGAUGGAAUCCGAGUGGUCCUGAAGACCGUAAACGCUCAGGAUGAGCGCUACCGGACCAAUAUUCCUAGACGCAAGGGGAACCAAUCAAGGGUAUGCCAGGUC